AUGGUACAAAGCCCAGGUAGCAUGAAGCCCAAGUGGCAUAAAGUAAAGGCCAAGCAGCAGGAAUGGAGGACCCUUGAUGUGUAUGCUUUUGUUGUAUGUGAUGCCGCCAUUGAUAAAACAUGUCUCCUCAUAUCUUACACAGUCAAUAAAUUUCCAUCCAAAUAUGGACCAACUGUUUUUGACAACUACAGUUGCAGUUAUGAUUGGUGGAGAAAAAGUCCAUAUCCUCUGGAAAUUUUUGAUGCUUCAGGGCAAGGGGAUUAUGAUAGACUACGACCACUGAGUUAUCUACAAACAAAUUCAUUUCUAGUCUGUCUUUUAGUGGCUUCUCCAUUCAAAUUUCAAAAUGUAAAAGAUAAGUGGUUGCCUCACAUAAUUCACCACUGUUCAAAGACUACUUUCCUGCAUGUUGGGAUCCAAAUUGAUUUCAGAGAUGACCCCUCUAUUACUGAGACACUUGCCAAGAAUGGACCAAAGCCUAGCAUUCCAGAGACUGCUGGAACCUGCUUGAAGGCCAUCAAGUAUGUGGAGUGUUCUGCACUCACCCAGAAAGGCCUAAAGAAUGAAUUUGCCAAUGCAACAUUGGCUGCCCUAGAGUUUCCAUAA